AUGCAGUCCUUCAAAGUACCCGACUUCCUGGAAACCGGGGCCGUGUCAACCCGCUCGCGCAGCCCUAGUGUCGUUUCCACCGAUUCGCAGUUCUCCCGAGUCAACCUCAUGUCCCCGCCAACCGUGAGGCCGCCCCCCGCUUUCAUCUCGGCCCCUGCAGCUUCAGAGAUCAUCUCCGCCGAUCAGGAGUUCAACGCCGCGGAUUUCGUCGCCGAGGAUGAGGAGACCGGGAGCGGCGCGACUGCGCUCGUGACGCCUGCUGCACUUUCGCUCCUGAACGGGUUCCUCGAUAACCUUUUGUACAAUGUGCUUGCAUCUUCCAAAUCGACGCAACUAGCGUGCAUUCGCCCCGCAAUGGCCGAUGUGCUGAAACCCCGACUCGCCAAGGAAGUCGUGGCGGCGGCCGAGGAAGAAUUGAGCGAAUAUAUGGGCGGAGAGGAGGAUGAGCAGACUGAAUUUCGCGGUGGUCAAGAACCCGGUGGUGACUUUGAUCUGGUGCGGUCAUGGAAAUUGACCCGUCUCAGAUGUAUGGUCUACACGCGGUUAGGUGAUAUGGAGGAAGAUGACGAGGAUGAGUUCAUUGCACAAGAUGGUCUGGGAGAGACCGAUGGGGCGCCCCGCCGAUUCACCAGCCAUGUCGACAACAUCACACCCGCAGCAUCAAUCUUCCUCACCUCGAUUAUUGAAUACAUUGGCGAACGCGCACUGGUCAUUGCUGGCGAAACCGCGCGGUCUCGUCUACUGGCACAGCUUAAUGAUGGCGAUGAUCUUAUUGGGCCUGAUGAAGAGCAGAGGAGAAUUCCUCGACUUGUGGUGGAGGAUCUCGAUAUGGAAAAAUUGGCCCUGAAUGCGACCUUGGGUCGCUUGUGGCGGACGUGGAGAAAGCGCAGACGCGGUACCACCCUCACCCGGACUUUGUCUCGCGAAUCAAUCCGCCGCCGCGGUUACUCUCUGGCGAACAGCCGGAAGAGCAGUAUUGCGACUAUCGAGGAGCCUAUCACACCCAGGGAGCCUGUUCCCGCCGUAGAGGUUCCUCCGCCCCUCGACCCCGCCUCCAUUCCUCUGCCGAUGAGCGAUUACGAUGUGCAAGAAAUCGAAGUCCCUGGUUACGUUGGCGACUUGGAAGGGGAGGUGCAGACUAUGGAGGCGGUCGUUGCUCACAAAGUACGACCGCGCAGUCUUAUGGUCUUCUCCUCGCCUUCUCUGCUGUCAAGAUCUCCCAGUUCAGCGACCAACUCCCCCCUGAGCGCAUCCGCCAUCGAGCCCCCCAAAUCUUUCCGCCACCUUCGCUCGAUGUCCCUCCCGAAUGGUCCACCUAUCAAAGACGAGGAGGAGACAAUCGUCCCUGACGAUCAACCCUCGCCGACCCCAUCCGAGAAAAAGAAACUAGAGACUAUGUACGAGGAUGAUGAGUCUGCGGAGUAUGUGGAUGCAGCCGAGGAAGCGGUGGAAAUCACCCCUGGCAUUGCGAUCACUACAGAGUCAGAAAGUUCGCAAUUGCCCGAAGCUGCAGCAGAAGCAUCCAAGAAUGCGAGAAAGUCUGUCCUGCAUGAAGAAGGAGCGGCGCCUCCAGCGGUCAGCGAAACAAUUGCGUCCUUGCGUGCUAUCGCGACCGACGAGGAUGAUUUGACCGAUCAAACCAAUGGUGCCCGCAUCUCCAUCGCGUCCCUCGGUGAUCGACCGAAUCGCGAAGAUCCGGAAGUUAUUGAAGGCACUGGGACGUAUGAAAAGCCUAAAUUGACUUCGACGACGCAGCGACCAAAAAGACAAUCCUCUAGGGAUAUCCUAUCAUUGCAGGCAAGGUCGAUUUCUCCACAGACUAGUGACUCUCAAAUGCAUGCCGUUGCGGAGGGGCAGAUCCCUAUGCAAGGGAUAGAGACCACGCCGACAUAUACGACCCCCGUCGAGGCUGUCACUUCCACUGAUCAAGAUGCGAUUGAUCAAGAUCAGAACAAGACAAUGAUGAUUUCCACGCCCCCUAGUGGGUCCCCGCGCGAAAGCAAAGAAGACCUCCAAACUCCAAAAUCUCAAGACUCCAUCACUCCUUUCGGUCCCUCUCGCCCCGCCUCUGUUUCAGGUGAUUCGCAGCGCUCGAAGACUCGCCCAAGGCCCGCUCCUUUAGUUGUUGCAGGUAGCAACCUCAGCCCUUCGCUCAGUGAACGUGCCGCUGUUCAGCGUAUGGCCCCUCGGCCAUCGACAUCAGGCUCCCCAUCUUUGAAAUCUCAUUCCCGCCGCUCUGGUAGCUUCGGUAGUGCCCGGGAGAUCAAGCGCCCGCUCACUGCUGGCUCUGCAACAUCGCAAGUAUCAAGCAAGUUGAAAGGCCUCAUGGGUCGACCACAAGGUGAUGGCCACUCGCUCCGCAUGCGCAGCUCGUCCGAGACGAGUCGCGCAUCCGGCGCCAGUGGAGACUCAGCAGACAAUGACAUGGCCGACUUGGACAAGUUGAUCAACAGCGAUGAGACCAUCCAUUUCACUCUCACCCCUAAGAGCGUUAGGGAGAUGUCUUUCCCCGAGCCGCCCAACCGUCCGAUCCCCCGCUCAACUGCCGCAGGCACCGAUGGCGCAAGCGAUCUCUUGAAGACCACCCAAUCAACCGAGGAAAAGCACCGCGCCCGCGCUUCGGUCUCUUCCAAGGCCACCGGAGCAACUGCCGGUACCGCAAACACUUCAAGCAGCGGAGGGAUGACCACCGCUUCUCGCACACGAUCCAUCGAGUCAAAACACAUCCCGCACUCAGCGCGCAUCACACCAACCUCCUCAAUCUCGACAUCCAAGUCUAGCAAGGCGGCUCAAGCUCGCGACGAGCGUGCCCCUGCAGAUUCCACAAGUGAUUUCGCAGAAUUUAUGAGGUUGACUGGCCCUCCACCUGCGCCUGAAAGCGAAACACCCAGCGCACCUGCUAAUGCACCUGCUAGUACGUCUCCCGAGCCGAAGAAGUCAGUUUCAACAGAGCGGCCGAAACCUGUUCGCCCUCCGUCGAGUCAGUCCGCUGCUUCCCGCGGCACGGGUACAUCUCGCAGCAACAAACUCAAACUUCAGGCUCGGUCUGCCGAGACUAACGGGUCCUCUUCUGAUCUCAUCGACUUCAUCCGCCAGGGUCCCCCGAUGCCAGCAGGUGCUCAUCGCAUCCCUCGCACAGUCGCGCCUUUCCGCAACACCAUCGAUUCCGAUGAUCUUCAGAUCGACGCUACCAGCUCCACUGCCAGCACCGGCAACGGAACCACUCCGGACAAGUCCUUGUCCUCGCUUGGCUCACGAACAGGCCUUCUAGACUCGUCAAAGCAGAACAAAGCCACGGCAUCAGGAAGUGCAGCAAUGUCUUUCGACGAGCCACAACCUCCUGCCCGGAAGCAACGCCGCGUUCCAGACCCAUACGCCAUUGACGACGAUGACGACGACGAGCUACUCGAAGAACUCCUGGAGCUAGAAGAAAACCCCAAACCCAAGCGCGAUGAAGAAAGCCUAAUGGACUUCCUCCGUAACGCCCCUCCCCCACCUUCAACCGAACAACCCCCUCAACCAUUCGUGUCCACCUCAAACGGCUCCGGCGCAUCAGGCAUGAAAGCCCGUUUGCUCCGCAGCUCUCAGAACUCCCUCCGUCCCCAAAAUACUCCUACCAGAGCCCCAUCCAGCUACUCCGCGAAAGUGGGCCAAGAGCGCAACCACGGCUCUAUGCCAAAUGCCUCGAAUCGCAAAACCGAUACCAGCGAUCUAGCUGAUUUCUUACGGAACUCGGAACCACCGCGUCCUCCGCAACCAGCGCCUAAACAGAAGGAUACGGGUGGUUUCACCCGCUUCUUCACUCGCCGAAAAAAGACUGAGGCUUAG